GGAGAAAUAUUACCAGGAGGUCGAAUGGUGGAGGGGUCGUCAAAGCAGCGCUACCUCUGCUGGGGUAUCAUCCUAGCAGUUAUCUUCGCCGUCAUCGUGCUCAUCAUUCUGCUCUCCACCGGUGCAUUCUACGGAGCCGACGAUGCAGUGGCGGAAAAUGGCACUCUGUCGGCAACUGACGCCCAGUCCGGCCUCAAACGACCUUCGACGCGACCGACGACGACGCUGCCGCCGCUGCCACCGCCGCCCAUCGUUGACGACGUGUUCACUGGUUCGUUGCGACUAAAUGAAGAGUUCCAUCCGAUGCUAUACGACAACUCAUCGCGGGAGUUCAGUCGUAUGAAGAGCAAGGUGGAAAAUUUGCUGAACGAGGCGUUCUCACCGUACAACUGGCCCGAGGGAAGUGACGACAUGGGAUCAGUCAUCGCCACCGUCACCAGAUUCACGCGAGGCAGCGUGGUGGCUGAGUUCACCCUGCUCUCCCACCACGCUGAGUCGCUGACUCCUCAGGAGGCCGGCCAGCGCCUGCAGGAGCGUCUGAGACAGGUCACCACCUCGCCAACGGCCACAAUCACCGCUUCCAAAGUGGAUAUUACUCCGAUGGAGGACCUGUGCGCCACGCACCAGUCGGGCUGCUCCCAUGACUGUCAGUUCUCCUACUCGAGUAUGUCGUUCGUCUGCCUCUGUCCGUCUGGUAUGGAGGUUGACAAGGAUGGACGCACCUGCGUGUUCCCAGAGCCGGUCGUCACAGAAACUGUCCCGGAAAUCCACCGGAUCGAGGACCCGCACCUGGGUGCCGCCCUGCACCCCGACAUCCCCUACACUGUGGACCACGAGUGGAUGCACGAGGAUGGUGAGACCACCCCGGAGCCGGAGCCGGAGACCACCGCGACGGACCUGUUCCCGGACCACGAGUGGGUCCACGAGGACGGUGAGACGACCCCGGAGCCCGAGCCGGAGACCACGGAGACCGACCCGUGGAUGUUUGGAGGCGAGGAGGCGGCGGCGGGAGCGGAGCCGGAGCCGGAGCCGGAGACGACAGCCGAGCCGGAGCCGGAGUCGGAACCGGAGCCGGAGACCACUGUAACACCUGACGUCAUGGUGGAGGACCAUCUUUCGGUGCUCGGAGGACUGUUUGAUGAGCCCGAGACGACCGCGGAGCCAGAGCCGGAGACGACUGCGGAACCGGAGCCGGAGCCAGAGACAACGGCGGAGCCGGAGCCUGAGCCGGAGACAAGUGCAGAGCCUGAGCCUGAGCUGGAGACAACUGCAGAGCCUGAGCUUGAAGCAACAGCGGAGCCUGAGCCAGAAACAACAGUGGAGCCGGAAGUUACAGCCGAACCCGAGCCGGAAGUUACAGCUGAACCCGAGCCGGAGCCGGAGCCAGAGGCCACUGCUGAACCGGAGCCGGAAACUACAGUGGAGCCGGAGCCGGAAACUACAGCGGAGCCCGAGCCGGAGCCGACCACCGUCGAGCCUGAACUGGAGCUGAAGACGACGUUCGACACCGGCCGUGUCCCUAAACUGGAUGAAAGUCCAGCACCGGCAGUUCGGUCCAUAUUCAACGCGACCAUGACACUGGAGGAGGAGUUCCCCGAGGGCCUGAAGGACAACACGUCCGCUGACUUCCUCAGGAUGACCGUCAGGGUCAAGAAGGAGAUGGCUGAGGCCUUCUCCAGCUUCAACUGGCCCGAGGGAGACGACCUGGGUCAGAUCGGCAUCAAGAUCCGCAAGUUCGAGCCGGGCAGCGUGGUCAUCUUCUUCCACAUCACCACGGGCGACACGGGCUCGGCGGCUCCGGAGGAGACGGCCCGCCGUCUGCAGGACCGGCUGACCGACUACUUCACCAGCACCGAGGGCCUCCAGUUCCACGGAGCACGCUUCCCCGUCUCGCAGAUCGGCGUGGAACCUCUGAGAGACCUGUGUGCGACCGGCGAGUCGGGCUGCUCCCACAAGUGCCACUACUCGGCGGCCGAUGACCAGUUCCGCUGUGCCUGCCCCGAGGCCAUGGAGCUCGCCGGUGAUCAGCUCACCUGCAGGCGCAUCGAAUCAGUGCCUCCUCUCAUCUCUCGGUGGAACGGACACGCCUGGGUGCUGGCCAACGAAACUCUGAAGCCCGUGAUCCUGACGACUACCACCGAGAUGGCCCCGGAAACCACGCCGGAACCGGAACCUGCGGCUACAACCGAGGCGGAACCAGAGACUACAGCCGAGCCGGAGCCCGAACUUACGGCAGAGCCUGAACCGGAGACAACAACGGCAGAGCCUGAACCGGAGCCUACAACCGAGACUGGUGGUUCGGAGACUCACGGUGAACAUGACAACUGGUUGCACGAUCAUGAGCACCACUCGCACGACGAGGCUACGACGGCGCAGCCGGAGCCGGAAACCACCCCGGAACCGGAACCAGAGGGCACGCCAGAGCCGGAACCAGAGGGCACACCCGAACCGGAGCUGGAGACCACAAUUGCACCGGACGCCAGCAACGCCCUCGAUUUGGACGCGACGGCUGAGGAGGUCAAGAGUGGUUCUCAAGUCAUCGACGAGACGUCUACCUCUGAGUCUGAGUCAACGGCUGAGUCUGAGCCAACAGCUGAGCCUGAGCCAACUGCUGAGCCUGAACCGACAGCUGAGCCCGAGCCGACGGCUGAGCCUGAGCCGUCUCUGGAGCCGGAUGUGGCAUCGGCUGCCGAUCAGCUGAGCCUAGACGAGAAGCUGGACAUGAUGCACGCGAUGGGCAUCGUCCCCGAGUGGGAGAGCAGCAAUGCUGAGGCAACCACUGCGGAGCCGGAGCCGGAGACCACAGCGGAACCGGAGCCAGAAACGGCUGCCGAUUCCAAACCCUCAGAAGAACCGGCACCUGCCACCGAACCGACCGCUGAACCCGAGCCUGAGCCGACCAUAGAGGGCUCACCGUCCACGGAGCCUGAGACCUCAUCCAAACCAGCCGCCAAUGAAAACGAGUUAGCUGCCGAAGAGAACGUUGUUGAGGGCGCCGAGCCCACCAUGUCCAGUGAGCCGCAGCUGCCGACGGUUGCGGACGCCGAAGCGAAUGAGGUGCCCGAGGAGCCCGUGAACCCGCCCAGCUUGGCCGAGGACGAGAUGCACCGGGGUGGCGAGCGGACUGCCGAGGCAGAGCUGCUGCCUGUCGUCAACAACAGCCUCGACGACCGGCGGCGCGCCAAGGUCCUCAGCGAGACGGCCGGACAGGCGCCGGAGACGGCCGAGCGUGCCAAGGCGACAGUGCCGAAGGAAGGCGCCGAAGAGACGACGCUGAAGGACGAGGCCAUCAAUGAGGUGUCGGUCGAGGUGGGUGCAGAGGCCGCUGCUGGAGUAAAGGAUGAGGCUGCAAACGAGGUUUCGGUGGAUGUUGUGCCCAAGCCGGAAGCCAGGGUUGCAUCUGAGCUUGAGACUGAUGUCGACGUGGCGGCUCAGACUGCUUCUGAGACUGUUGAAGUCGGUGCCGAGACUUCUUCAGAGUCAGCCACGGAAACAGGUGCUGAACCUGCCACAGAGGCUUCUGCUACUGAGCCUGCUCAGGCAGAGAUCGGCGUUGAUCAGUCUGCCACCGGUAAUGGUGAACCUGCUACCGAGGACGCGGAGCCAGAGAAGGAAGUUGCCACCGAACCAGCGUCUGAGCCUGAGAAGGAAGUAGCUGCCGAGCCUGCAACCGAGGCUACUGAACCUGAGAAGGAAGUUUCCGCCGAGCCAGCAGCUGAGCCAGAGAUGGAAGUUCCUGCCGAGAAUGCCGCUGAACCUGAGCCGCAGGGAGUUCCUGCCGAGCCAGCGGCUGAGCCCGAGAAGGAAGUUGCUGCACAGCCUGUGAAGGAAGUUGCUGCCGAGCCUGUUACUGAGGCUGUUGAGCCCAAGAAGGAAGUUCCUGCCGAGAAUACCGCUGAGCCUGAGCCGGAGGGAGUUCCUGCCGAGCCAGCGGCUGAGCCCGAGAAGGAAGUUGCUGCCGAGCCUGCAACCGAGGCUGCUGAGCCCGAGAAGAAUGUUCCUGCUGAACCUGCCGCUGACCCUGAGCCGGAGGGAGUUCAUGCCGAGCCUGCUGCUGAACCCGAGAAGGACGUUGCUGCAGAGCCAGCGGCCAAGCCUGAGAAGGAAGCUACUGCUGAGCCUGUGAAAGAAGUUGCUGCCGAGCCUGCAACCGAGGCUGCUGAGCCCGAGAAGAACGUUCCUGCCGAACCGGCCGCUGAGCCUGAGCCGGAGGGAGUUCCUGCCGAGCCAUCGACCGAGCCCAAGAAAGAGGCUGCUGCAGAGCCAGCGGCCGAGCCUGAGAAGGAAGCUACUGCUGAGCCUGUGAAGGAAGUUGCUGCCGAGCCUGUAACCGAGGCUGCUGAACCCAAGAAGGAAGUUGCUGCCGAUCCAGCGGCUGAGCCUGAGACGGAAAUUUCUGCCGAUCCAACGGCUGAGCCUGAGAGGGAAAUUUCUGCCGAGCCAGCGGCUGAGCCCGAGAAGGAAAUCGCUGCUGAGCCUCGGAAGGAAGCUGCUGUCGAGCCUGUAACCGAGGCUGCUGAGCCCGAGAAUGAAGCUGCUGCUGAGCCUGUAACCGAGGUCGCUGAGCCUGAGAAAGAAGCAGCUGCUGAGCCUGUAACUGAGGUUGCUGAGCCUGAGAAAGAAGUUACUGCAGAGCCUGUAGCAGACACAGCUGAGCCUGAGAAGGAAGCUGCUGCCGAGCCCGUAACCGAGGUUUCUGAGCCUGAGAAGGAAGCUGCUGCCGAGCCUGUAACCGAGGUUGCUGAGCCUGAGAAGGAAGCAGCUGCUGAGCCUGUAACUGAGGUUGCUGAGCCUGAGAAGGAAGCUGCUGCCGAGCCUGCAACCGAGGUCGCUGAGCCUGAGAAGGAAGCUGCUGCCGAGUCUGUAACUGAGGUUGCUGAGCCUGAGAAGGAAGCUGCUGCCGAACCUGUAACCGAGGCUGCUGAGCCCGAGAAGGAAACUGCCGCUGAGCCCGAGAAGGAAGCUGCUGCGGAGCCUGUAACUGAGGUUGCUGAGCCUGAGAAGGAAGCUGCUGCCGAGCCUGCAACCGAGGUCGCUGAGCCUGAGAAGGAAGCUGCUGCCGAGUCUGUAACUGAGGUUGCUGAGCCUGAGCAGGAAGCUGCUGCCGAACCUGUGACCGAGGCUGCUGAGCCCGAGAAGGAAGCUGCUGCCGAGCCUGUAGCAGACACUGCUGAGCCUGAGAAGGAAGCUUCUUCCGAGCCUGUAACCGAGGUUGCUGAGCCUGAGAAGGAAGCUGCUGUCGAACCUAUAACCGAGGUUGCUGAGCCUGAGAAGAAACCAGCUGCUGAGCCUGUGACUGAGGUUGCUGAGCCUGAGAAGGAACCAGCUGCUGAGCCUGCGACUGAGGUUGCUGAGCCCGAGAAGGAACCAGCUGCUGAGUCUACGACUGAGGUUGCUGAGCCUGAGAAGGAAGCUGCCACGACCACUCCUCGCACGACGAGGAAACGUAAGCGCAACCGGAACCGGAAAAACCGUAACCAGAGGGAACGCCAGAGCCGGAACCAGGCUGUGAGAGACACUGCUGAGCCCGAGAAGGAAGCUGCUGCAGAGCCUGAAACCAAGGCUGCUGAGACUAGAAAGGAAUCUUCUACUAAGCCUGAGAGGGAAGUUGUUGCCGAGUCCAUCGAGCCAGAAAAGGAAGCUGCUGCUGCUGCUGAAACUUCUGUAGAGGCUGUAGCUGAAGCUGCUGCCGAAUCUGUCGAAAAGGCUGCUGAGGUUAAAACGGAAGUCACGCAGUCUGAAAUCCCUGAAACUAAAGCUGCUGCCGAGACUGUCACCGAGGCAGCACCAGCACCGACUGAGGAGACUUCAGAGCCUACCGAAGCCGCUGCGUCGUCCGAGUCAUCUUCUGAAAGUUCAGCGUCGCCCACGCCCCCGUCAGAGGCGGCUGAGCCGGCCGUAAAGCCGAAGGGAGCGUCCAAAUCGGGGCAGGCGCUGCUGGACGAGGCGCUGAGAGAAGCCGUCGAGCAGAGCAACGACCUGCGCCGGCGGAGGUAGGCACCGCCGGCGGCCGGCCGCAGACUAUUUGUGAUACAGAUGCCGAGUGAUUGUGCGAGUGCAGGAGUGCCAACAGAUGAGUGCCAGCGGGUGAGUGCGGAGUGCUAGCCGAUCUGAUCGUGGGCGAACAAACUCAAGUGCCGCCAGAGGACGGCGCCUCACUCAGACAGCGGGACCAGUUGCGUUUAGCUGAGCAAAUGUUUAGUCGUAGCUAGGUUAGCCGUUCUCAUAAAUCGCCGUGACGAGCGCGGAAUGGUCGCGCAAGUGUAACGUUCAGUGCUGCCUUUGAGCUGCCACGCCCUACUCGCGCGACGCUGCGCAUAUUACGGUGGGCGGCCUCCGUCCACGAGUGUAAUGCAUUCCGUCCGAGUUAUUAUCUACAGGAAUCGCUGUAGCAGUGUCGAACUGCCGAGAGGUGUGCCUCGCUCAUAAAGUCGAUCAUGCGGGGACAGAUUGUGUGAUUGUGCGUGUGUGAAGUAAUGUCGAGCUCCGUUCCAUGCACGCUUGUGCGCAUAUGCAAGGUGCUCAUACCGCCCGCAAUAGCUACUUGAGGCGGCAAUGCGCACAAAUCGCGUCAAUGAUUCCAAUACUUGUUUGAAUACAGAAACGAAGGUCA